AUAUAAAUUCCACCCUUAACAUUUUUCAGCUCUCAUCAAACACUAGGGUUUUUGCGGUAGUUUUCAUUUGUGCCCCUUCCCUUCGAUAGCUGCGGAUUGCAGUUUCCUUCCGUUUCACAAUCAUGGCAACUCAAAUGAGCAAAAAGCGAAAAUUCGUCGCAGACGGAGUUUUUUUCGCUGAAUUGAAUGAAGUUUUGACCAGAGAGUUGGCCGAGGAUGGUUAUUCAGGUGUUGAGGUUAGGGUUACCCCGAUGCGCACUGAAAUCAUCAUCAGAGCUACUCGUACCCAAGCUGUUCUUGGUGAGAAGGGAAGGAGGAUUAGAGAACUAACCUCAGUGGUACAGAAGAGGUUUAAGUUUCCUGAGAACAGUGUGGAACUUUAUGCCGAGAAGGUUAACAACAGAGGACUUUGUGCCAUUGCUCAGGCCGAGUCUCUUCGUUACAAGCUCCUUGGUGGUCUUGCUGUCCGCAGGGCUUGCUAUGGUGUUUUGAGAUUCGUCAUGGAGAGUGGUGCCAAGGGUUGUGAGGUUAUUGUCAGUGGAAAAUUAAGAGCCCAAAGAGCCAAGUCCAUGAAGUUCAAGGAUGGCUACAUGAUUUCAUCUGGACAGCCAGUCAAGGACUACAUUGACUCUGCAGUGAGACACGUGCUCCUUAGACAGGGUGUUCUCGGGAUCAAGGUAAAGAUCAUGCUUGAUUGGGAUCCUAAAGGUAAACAAGGUCCUAAAACUCCCCUCCCUGAUAUCGUCACCAUUCACACUCCAAAGGAAGAGGAAGAGUAUGUCCGGCCUGCGGCUGUUGUGGCGAAUGAUAUUGAGGUUCCUGUCCCAGUUCCUGUUGCUUAAAAAAGUUUUGAUUGCUUUGAAGUUCUUAAUUAGCUAAGAACAUGUUUUACUCUUGUUACAUUCAAUGUUGUCAAAGACUCACCUCCCAAUUUUUGUAGUUUCAGACUGUCUUAAGAUAUUGUUAUACUUAUUUUUAAGUAUUUAA